AUGUGCGUGGCGGUGUUCGCCUGUGUGGCCUCCACUCUGGCGUGGGACUACGACAUGAGCAUGAUGGGGAUGGGCGGUGGAUCGGGUUUGAUACCGGGUUAUGGCAGCUCCUACGGCGGGGGGGGUUACGGCGGGGGGGGUUACGGGAGCAGCUAUGGCGGCGGUUCCUAUGGCGGCAGUUCCUACGGCGGCGGCGGCAGUUAUGGCGGCGGCGGCUCCUACGGCUCCGGAGGAACACAAAUGGAUCCCAAAUCGGGCAAAGGCUUUAUCAUAGCCAUAGCCGCCAUCACUUUCAUAGCCGUGCUCAUCAUAUUCGUGCUGGUUGUUUCGAGGCAGAGCACAUCCCAGUCCCCGAAGUUCUACCUGGCGGCCAUCAUCAUCUCCGCCAUCUUAGCAGUCCUGAUGAUCAUCGCCACCAUCGUGUACCUUGUGGCGGUGAACCCGACGGCGCAGUCCUCAGGAUCCAUGUACUAUAACCAAGUACGCCAGCUGUGUGCACAGUACCAGAACCAGAACCAGGCCCAGGGGAUCUUCAUCAACCAGUACCUUUACCACUACUGCGUGGUGGAGCCCCAGGAGGCCAUAGCUAUUGUCCUGGGAUUCUUGGUCUUCGUUGGCCUCAUCAUCUUGCUGGUUUUUGCGGUGAAGACCCGGUCAAUGAUAAGGCGGUGGGGCCGGGACCGGAUUCUCUGGGAGGAAGUGAAGAUGGUCAGUCCUGGCCAUCACACCACCAUCGGAGAGUGGGUGACCAAUGUGUCUGGGGAUCCAGAGGUGUUGGUUAACGACUACAACGAUCAUGUUGGGGGUUCUAGAGACAAUCUGGACCGGCUGGACUACAACAAGCCUUUGUAUCUACCAGGGGACUCGGACAUAAGCAGCUCUGUUGGAGGCCUGAAGCCCAAGCUGAUGGACCCUGUUGUGGAGUCUGAGGACUACUUUGAGGAAAAGGAUUUAAACCUUUAUUUUCCAGCCAUUGUGGAUGAGCAAGGCCGGCUGGACUACAGACGGGAGUUUGACCGGGAUCACCAGGAGUACAAGAGUCUGGAAGCUGAGCUCAACGAUAUAAACCAAGACCUGGCUGACGUAGACCGAGACCUGGAGAGGCUCCCGGAGGGCAGUCCACAGUUCCUGGAUGCCUUGAGUGAAUUCAACAGACUGAAAAAUCUCAAGAAGUCCCCAGACUACCAGCUGAAGAAGAAGAAGUGCAAAUACCUCCGAUCCAAACUGUCGCACAUCAAGAAAAGAAUCAGUGAAUACGACCGGCGCCCCUGA